UGAUAGUCUUACUGAAGAGAUUGCUUAUUUUACAAAAAAUUUAACUGCAAAACAUGUUCAAUUUUUAGCUAUUUUAGUUGAAUAUCCAUCUACUGAUCCAGAUGGCUAUGUAAUUGUUUAUAAUUUUAUUAAAGACAAUAAUUAUUUUGAAACAAAUAAUGAGCAAAUUCAAAAAGUGAUGAAAGAUAAAGCUUGA